AGGGUACCGUGCCCUACAAAAUCAAUACUUGUUUAUUUUUCUUUUGGGGUCUGCGAGUUUAUUAUAAACUACUCUUUUUUUUUGGGGCAGGAAUGUCAGUGGUGUUGCUCUCUCUGCGUGUCUCUAUGGUUGUUUGUUGUAGUGCUGCUUGUUUCUUACAGCCGCGUUGAGAAUCUUUAUGAUUUUGGGAUCAUUUUGUUGUGAAUUUGUUGAUUUCUGAACAACCCCAUUUGCCUAAACACCCUGAAUCGCACUCUGUUCUUCAUCUUCUUCACUAACCCUUUCUCUUUUUUUGGGCGAUGGAAGUCUGCUGCAAUCUUGAAGUGGAUAUCAAUGGCGAAGAGAUUUUCAUGGUGGAUAAGAACACUGUAGCUUCAUAUUCUGGCAGAUUAAGCAAGUUAUUUGGUAGAUCAAAGGCUAAUUUACGAAAUUUGAAGUUGAUAUUCCAGGAUUUUCCUGGUGGGGCAGAGGGUUUUGAGUUGAUAUUGAAGUUUUGUUAUAACAAUGGGUAUGUCCAAAUGAGUCCUUCGAAUGUUCCUGUUUUGUAUUCUGCAGCACAGUUCAUGGAGAUGAACUGUUCAAUCUCAGGCACUCAAAAUUUACAGGAACAGACAGAGAGAUAUCUUGAUGAUAUCAACGAGUGGACUUGGUCUGAGCUUUUGAAUGCUUUGAAACGAUGCCAAGAUUUGUCUCUUAGCCGCCCUUCAAUUGUUCUUCACAAAUGCUUAGACUCUCUUGUUGGAAAGCUGCAUUUAGCUUUGGAAGAACAUUGUUGUCCAUCGACCUCCUCGUCCGAUGGCUCGGCGUUACGGUUUUCGUGCGAUACGAAAAGCACUGAAAGCUUGAAGACAGUGUUCUCUAAUGGAGUGUGGUGGUUUGAGGAAUUGUUACUCUUGAAUCCUGACUUUGUUAAAAUGAUUGUGCCAUCGAUGCUCAAACGAGAUUUUGACGAAGUAGUCAUUGCUAGGUUCCUGGUUUAUUACCAGAAAUCAAAGAUCUCGAACGCGUCGAGAGACGAAAAGCGAAAGAUUAUUGAGGUUGUCGUCGAAAUGCUUUAUACUCUCGACCACAAUUCUGUUUCCUGCAAGAGUCUUUUCAGUAUUCUUCGAGUUGCUUUGGGAUUGAACAUAAACAAAUGUAUUCGAAACAAGUUGGAGAAGAUGAUCGGAGCGCAGUUGGAUCGAGGAACGUUGGAUAAUUUACUACUUCCAUCUCGAUCUGGGUCGAGCUAUUUAUAUGAUGUGAAUCUCGUUCUAAGAUUUGUCAAAGCAUUUUUGCACGAACAAAAGAGUAGAACAUCUCAAAUGACAUUAACAAGAGUAGCUACAUUAAUGGAUUUGUACAUGGCUGAAGUAGCUCCUGAUCCUUGUUUAAAGCCUUCAAAGUUUCUAGCCCUUGCCAAAGCCUUGCCCGAGUAUGCUCGACGCUCUCACGACGAUAUGUACCGUGCCAUGGAUAUGUACUUCGAGGUUCAUACAGAAAUUUCAGAAGAAGAAAGGAUUAAGAUGUGUUGUGCACUGAACUAUGAGAAGCUUUCAGUAGAAAUAUGUAUAAAUCUUUCAAAAAACAGAAGAUUUCCAUCCAAAUCUUCCAUACAAGGGCUUGUUUCUGAGCAACUCAAGCAAACGGCUAAGAACUCUAAAUCGAUCACGAGUUUGCCUCGUAAACUCGACGAAUGCGAGAACAAGAGUAGUAAGAGGGAUGAAACGAGCAACCGGGUUAUGUUCGAUACCAAAAAGCUUGAUUUUUCAGAUGAAAAUGAGAGAUUGAAAGCACAUAUACAAGGAAUUCAAUGGAGAGUGAUGGAAUUAGAGCGUGUGUGUAAGAAAAUGCAUACUCAAAUGGGUAAAGUCAUGAAAUCUAAAGUGACUAGUCAUAGUCAGCUGAAAUCUUUGCCUUGGCUUUGUUCAUAGUGGCAUUCCUGAUUUGAAUAUUGUUGUUCUUAUUGUACAAAGUGAGGAAAUUAUUGUUCCUGAUUUGAAUAGAGCUGAUAUUGUCUGUU